AACACAUGUUUUGCACUUUAACUUGCCUGCAUGUUGAUAAGUCUUUAAGUAUUUAAUUUUAUAUUUAUUUUUGAAUAUUCGAAUUGUAAUCUAAUUUAUAACAUAAGUGAAAUCAUUUGCAAUAAUGGACGAAGAAGCUCUUCAAGAAAGAUGGGCGAUUAAUGAAAAAUUCAUUGGACAAGUGGUUCAAUCUUUAGUUGGAUUGAAAAAUGAUAAAAAUAAUAAGAAAUCAAAAGGUUCAGUUACAAAGUCUCCAGUUGUAAAAGUCAAGCCAGAUGCUGCAAAAGUGAAAAAAGUCAAAUUUACCCCAAGUCCGGUCAUUGAAGACGGCAAUUUCAUUUUUUCAAAAUUUGAUCUUGCACAAAAUUCACAAGAAAAAGUAAAGAAAGAAGACAAGUUCAAAAAAGGGAGAAAAGAUAAAAAAUUGAAAGCAUCACUUCAUAAAAUUCAAAAUCAAGAGGAAAAAGUUAAGAAACUUAUUGAAAAAGGUGAAACUGAUAAAGCGAUACAAUUCAAGAAUCAAAAAGCCUGGAAUAACGCCUUAGAAAAAGCCGAAGGAAAGAAAAUUUUUGAUGAUCCAAAAAGGAUUGCAACUUCGUUGAAAAAGCAUAAAAAGGUUAAGCAGAAACAUGCCAAGGAGUGGGCACAACGUAAGAAGCAAGUCGAAGUUAAAAUUAAGAAAAGACAAGAAAAACGUGAACGAAAUAUUAAUAAAAAGUUAAUGAACAAAAAGAAGAAUAAAAAAAAUAAAAAGAGAUAAUUUUUUACCAAUAAGCUUUUCUUGUUUUUUUAUCUAUGUUUUCGAUUUAAUCAUCAAUCUUUACAACAGAGAAUAAAGAUUUUGGUGAAAGUACAA